GAGGCGCGCGCCAGUCACUGUGCGCUGCAGCAGCGACCGCCGGGGUUGCCAUGGAGACGGCGGCCCGGCCGGUCGCCAUGGAGACGGCAGCGCCUUGGCUGCCGGGCGGGCGGCGCCGGGAGCCGCGGAGGCACGCGCUGCUGGUCGUGAUCGGGGAGAUCGGGACGGAGCCGGAGCGGGGCGCACUGCGCGGCGCCCUGGAGCGCGGAAUUCGUUCCUGGAACAUUAACAUUCUGACCUGUGACCUGAAUCAGCAACUGCGACUCUUUGUAACCAGACACCUGGCUCAGUUUUCUUCAGAAGUCAAAGGAUUCUGCAGACAUGAAUACUAAAGAAGAAAAACUUAAGGAUUUGCUGGAUGCAAGGAAUUUAACUUAAGCUUAUGUAUCUUACUACUGUAAAUAAAUAGAAAUGUGCUGUUUAAGAGCCUGUUAAGCUAGUAAGAAUUUGUCAGUCUUCUGUAUCUUAUUCAGGUGACACAGUAUAGUUUUACUUUGCAAGCUAUUUAUUAUCUAUCUCUUCCUUUUGGGUUUUAAUAUGUAGUGUUGCAGGCACAAAAUGUGUUGCUAGUAGUGUGUAAGACUAAUCAAAUGACUUUCUGAAUCCCUCUUCUGAAGACCUAUCUCCCUUUCCUGUUAAGAGCAAUGAAUAAGCUCUUACAAAAAUGAUGUUAACAGUUAGAAAGUAUGCUUGCUUAGGUUGUGAAAAGCUUGAACUCUGGAUAGUUUAAGCUGUAAUACUUCAAUGUAUGUUAAAGCUACUAAUCACAGAGGACACUAUUGAAAAAUCUUUUUUUGUAUAAGGCUGUCUUACAAUCCACUGUACAUCUUGCACUCUUGUCAAAGUGUCUGAAUGUAUUCCCCAGUUGGAAAAGCUGUCCUCCUCAUGGAUAGCUUUGAAAGAAGGUACCUGAACUCUUAUCAAAUAUGCCACUGUCUGAGAGGCCUCAACUUCCCUGUGACUUUUUAAUGCAGGGAUAGAAAUUCUCCCUCCCUGCAAAGCAGUGUAUGUUUAUAUACACACACUUAGGAGAUUAAAAUACUGUGUGAAAUGUAUCAGUUGAAACACUCAACAGAAGAUCUAUCUAAAUUUGAAGCACCUAUGUCUAUGGUACAAAUAGACUAAGCACUAACAAGUGACCAUGUAUGUAACAUUUGCCCAAGAGUUGUUAUAACUUGGGGUUGAAACAUCUGGAUAAACAUUAGCAAUGUAUAUCCCCCUUGUUUCUCUUGCCUGGUUCCUGCGCACCAAGGGGUGAUAAAUAUGAUGCCAUUCUAUAAAGAAGCUUCCAUAAGGGAUAUGGGGAACUGCAGGUGUUUAACAAGCUGUCAGGUCUACUGAGCAAAUCAGUAGUAACUAUAAUAAAAGGCACAUUACUGUCUACCUGGGAAGAGUCACCAUUGGUUCUGCAAAGGUAAGUCUUGUUUUUCAAAUGUCUGUAAGCUCUUUGAAGAGAUCAGCAAACACACAAAUGAGUGACUUAGUGUACCAGCCAAAAAUGUUUAGGGAAUGUAAAUCUGUGAAGUCUGUUUAAGGAAGCCUAUUGGCCACAGAACUAGGGCCCAGGCUUUGGUAUUCAGAAGUUACUGAGAGAAGGAUGGGUAGACAGAAGUUCUGAUGUAAAUAGCCAGCUCUGUCAGUGGAGGUGGAUUGCCACUUGAGUUCAACAGGGUACAUGCUGCUUAACAUAGCAAGUUAAAUGUUAAGGCGUGAUCAGUGAGGCAAGUUUGAUAAUCCAAAAUUACUUGGGACUCAGUAAUGCUCCCUGGAUGGCAGCAGCAGAACAGAGAAAGUCAGGAACAAUUACGGAAGACCUUGAACAACAACAAACUCCUUGUGUUAUGAAGAAUCUGGAAGUUAGCAAAUGGUCUGAAAGAGGGAGAGGGUGAUGUGAUGAAAAAAAUGAACAGCAGUAUCCAAUCAAGUCAUAGUGAAAUACUGAAGGCUUGUGUUCUCUUAUAUGGUGAGGGUAGCCUCGUGAAUUUUUUUCACAGUUAUCAAUUGCCACUGGCUGCCAUAAUAGUUUAAGACCACAUACAGUGCCUAUUUGUGCUGGAUGUUAGUUGUUCCUUACAGCCAAGAGGGACUGUCUCUCUUCAAUACAAAUUGAUGUGGUGCCAGGUGAAAUAAAAUAAUUGCUUCUCAGUGCAAGGGCAGUUUGCUUUGUGAUACCUGCUGGUUUUGGUAUUCAGAGAAAGCAGCUGCUCUUUCUGAAAACUUUUCUCUACACAAAUAUUAGCGGCUACUUUCAGCCUGACUAGGGCAUCUUAAACAGCCCAACAGCCAUCCCACUGAUCUUUCCUCUCAAAUCAUAUUUUGUGUUAGUCUUUGGAAAACCUGUUAUCAAUAACUAGUGACAUAAUUGAAAAUCAGGCAAUGAAGAACAAUGUUGAGGUUUAAUUUGAUGGAGCAAAUGCUUGAAAUAAUGAAACAUUGAUGAGACACUUUCCUUGCAUCUGUAAAAGGAUUAUCAGAAUAUUAAAUGCUUUCAAGUAUUACCUUGCA